AUGCAGCGCCAGAAUCACCUUCACAAGGAGAAAUCAACAGAUCAGUACACAGCGGCGUCGACCGGAAGGGUCGAGACACAACUUCCUCUUGUUAAUCCACUCGCUUUCCACAUGACUGAUUGGGUACUGGGCCCAGAUGGAAAACCAUUAUUCAUGGGAACAUCCUCCAAUUGGGCCUUUGGUAGGCGUGUUCUCAACAUGACACACAUGCGCUGCACGGGACAUACAUUGUCAAACGAGGGUCUGCUAUUUGACUCGGCAGUCUACGAUUUAAAAUGGGAUGGAAACAGAUUUCGUUCAUCUGACUACGCUUUCGAAAUUUCUGACCUCCCCACCAGGGACCAUGCCAUCUAUCUCAUCAACUCUGUCAAGUUCCAUUGUGGCAGACUAUUCUAUCUCUUUGAUGAAGACAUAUUCAUGGAAAGAUUUGCAUCGUUCCACGAGGACCCUCACGGCUUUGCUCAAAGAUCGCCCCUUUGGUAUGUCCACUAUCUUUUGAUUCUUGCAUUCGGCAAGGUCUUUCUAGCACAAACCAGAAAGUCACAGCAGCCUGUGGGCACCGAGCUGUUUGUACAAGCCAUGAAGCUGAUGCCGGAUUUUACCUACUACAAUGCCGAUCCCGUCGAGGAGACUCAAGUUCUAUGCUGCGUUGCGUUGUGGCUACAGUGUCUCAAUCAUCGCCCGGCCGCUCAUCGUGUCAUCGGCCAAGCGUUACGAACAGCUCUAUCUUGUGGAAUGCACACCGAGAUGCGGAGCCCAUAUCUUAACAAGGACUAUGUAGAACGGUGCCGUACUGUUUGGUGGACCAUAUACGUUCUGGAACGACAAAUCACGUCCCUCCUCGGAGUGCCACCUGGUAUCGCCGAGGAGAGUAUCAGCACGCCCUUCCCAGAACUCCCUGGGCAGACACAAAAGUUGAUCGCACUGCGCAUCCAGGUCCAGCUAUCCCAAAUCCUGGCCAAGAUUGAUCAAACUGUCUAUGGUCGUGAUGGAAAGCUUGAUGGAAGAUAUAUUGGCGCAACUCAGCUGGUCUUGCGAGACAUUGCAGAAGUGACGCAGCGACUAGAGUCCUCGCUAGACUUGCACGCAAAUGAGGCCAUGUCUGGUAUAUCAAGAGUGUCUGCACAUUUGCACUUGCAGCUUCACCAGUGCAUCGUACUGACGACGCGGCCGCUUCUCUACAUAUUUUUGCAAUCAAGACUUGGCCAGUCUCGAGUUGCACCAAUGCAGUGGAUCCAGUCGGAGAGUGUCAAAUCUCUCAUUCAAAUUUGUAUCGACUCAGCCCAGCAAAUGCUGAGGGUACUCUCGCUGCUCCAAGACCAAGGGCUUCUAGAAAACUUCCUUACCUUUGACUUGGAUGCUGCGUUCAUCUCUGCUCUCACGAUCCUCAUGGCAGCGGCCGUUGAUUCAUCCCUGUUGCCCGAUCAUUCGCCGUGGUCACAGUGCGCCUAUACAAUUUUGGGAGGGAUGGCACUUCACGGCAAUAAAAUUGCAGAGCUGAAUCUGAAAGAACUUAGAUUACUGGAAUCAGAGUUGGAUCAGAUACUCGCGCACGACAGUCAGGUUCUUCCUGCAGACAGUAUGCUGGCGAGCGAUCCUCAACCUAACGAGGCAUCCCUCGACUUGUCCCUUGACACUGCUUCGAGCGAUCCCCUGUCCCAGCAUCUUGGUUUGAGCUUCUCAGAUUGGAAUUACGAGCUUAGUUCUGAUCAACUGAUAAACAUUGCUGAUUCUCUAGACACGGACCAGCUCGGUUGGCCUUUUGGAGAAUUGGCUGGAUGA